UGGUGCCCCCUCCCCUAUGUAUGCAGGGGUUGUGAUUCACACUGGACCAUUGGGGACAUUCACAGAGUGGCUAUUGAGCUUGAGUAAAAAUUGGAAAUGAUUCAUCCACCAAUGAACUAAGCUGUUACUUUACUCAACUCUCUGGCCAGUAACGAGUGAAGGACCACACGCGGUUGCUGCUUGUGUUGCUUCAUUUUUUUCCCGUAUCGUCGAACGCAAGGGAGUUACCAGCAAGUAGCUGUUGGACCUAUCAGUGUUUCCUUCAAUCGCCUUCUGCCAGAAAACAAAAAUUCCUGAGAGACAGAGAAAAAGUGAAUCAGAAGGAGUGACGGAGUACAGGCAGGUCUGGGAGAGUUUUGUGUUCAUACUAGUUGCGCAGGCCUUGUUUGACCAGAUGCUCCUGGAGUACUGCGGUGGGAGGGUGCAUGUACGGAGACUAGCAGGCUACUUUGACAGGCAGCACCAGGCUGCUAACAUGCAGACAAGGCACUGGGGACAACUAUCUGGUGGAAUGGCCUCUGUGACCGAAGUCAACAGUGAUCUAGAAGACGAAGCAUCAGUCACAAGUCUCAAUGUGAGUCAAAGCGGAAAUUGCAGCACCACUCUGUCGUCUGCCUCGACCGUUGCACUCAGCGUUUCAUUAAACGGAUUAAAUGUUCCCCCCUCUGAUGUGGCAGGGGGUUCUUUAGCUCCCGUCUCCCCCUCAUUCAAGAGUAACCGGGGAUCCACCACACCAUCCUAUGAUGGGGAUCUGGAUAUUGUGCCACGCCCCAAACUAACCACCAAGCAUCGCUACAGUGAUCUCAACAGGUCUAAGAGUGUGGACAGCUCAGACAAUAGCGAGCCUGAGGUGUUGGUUUUCACAGAGCCUCCUAACCGUAAGCUCUUCUGUCUCCUCUGCAAGAAUGUCUUCAAGGACCCUGUCAUUACUCAAUGUGGCCACACCUACUGUCGAUUUUGUGUGACGUCUAGACAAUAUGAAACCUGCCCUGUGGAUGACAUGAAGUUAGCGGUCGUAGUCAACAACAUCGCAGUCAGUGAGCAGAUUGGAGAACUGUACAUUCACUGUCGCUACGGCUGUAAACCUUCAGGGACAGGGAUACAGGAUGAAUAUGUGGUUGAUCCAGAUGGGUGCCCUUGCACAUUACGGGUCAAUGAACGCAGAGAACAUGAGAUGGAAUGUAGCUAUGCACCAGUCCAAUGCCCCAAUAACCCAGACUGCCCCAAGAUCCUGAAAAUGAACCUUGCAGCCCACCUACAGAACUGCAAUCUCUGUAAGUGUGACCACCACAAGUUUGGCUGCCCCUUUGUGGGUACCCAAGAAGAAGUAUCAGAACAUCGGGAAGUCUGUAGCUACGAAGGAAUCAAGGACUACCUCCAGACAUCCUCAGAGAAGAUGCGAGAGCUGCAAGCAACCAUCGUCCAGAAAGACCAAGAGAUUGGAUUUCUACGCUCAAUGCUGGGCAAACUCAGUGAGAGGGUGGAUAGGUUGGAGAAAUCCAUGGAACUGAAAAUCAACUACCUAGAUGAGAACAUGAGCCGAAUGGAGAAGUCGCUAGUUGAACUCGACGAGCAGAAUCGUAGCAUGUCUGAUGAGCUGAUGGAUAACAGAAGGAGCUACUCAAUGUUAAACUCAGAGCUAUCUAUGAUCAACGCUCGACUUAACUCCGGAGCUGCAGGAGUGUAUGACCCACAACAAGUCUUCAAGUGCAAGGGAACCUUUGUAGGACAUCAGGGACCUGUAUGGUGCUUAUGUGUGUACGGUGAUUACCUCUUCAGUGGUUCGUCUGAUAAAACCAUCAAGGUAUGGGACACCUGCACCAGUUACACCUGCCAGAAGACAUUAGAAGGACACAAUGGCAUUGUGCUGGCACUUUGUACACAUGGAAAUCGAUUAUUCAGCGGGUCUGCAGACUGCACUGUUAUCGUGUGGAACAUCGACACCUUGGAGCAGGAGAAGAUGAUUCAAGCUCAUGAGAAUCCUGUCUGCACACUGGUUGCAGCUAACAACAUGCUGUUUAGUGGGUCACUCAAAGUCAUUAAGGUAUGGGAUGUACACACUCAUGAACUUAAGCGGGAACUCACAGGAUUGAACCACUGGGUGAGAGCACUGGUUGCUAAUGGCAACUACCUCUAUAGUGGAUCUUACCAGACAAUAAAGGUUUGGGACAUGAGCACAUUGGAGAUCGUGCACAGUCUUCAGACAUCUGGAGGUAGUGUGUAUUCCAUUGCCGUCACCAGCCAUCACAUCAUCGCAGGAACCUAUGAGAACUGCAUACAUGUCUGGGACAAAGCUUCCUAUGAACAAGUUGAGACACUGACUGGUCAUGUGGGCACAGUCUAUGCUCUAGCAGUCAUCAGUGCUCCAGGAACGACCAGAGUCUUCAGUGCUUCGUACGACCGAUCUCUCAGGGUAUGGAACAUGGAGAACAUGAUCUGUACGCAGACACUUUUGCGCCAUCAGGGCAGUGUAGCCUGCUUAGCUGUCUCAAGAGGGCGCUUGUUUUCUGGCGCAGUAGACAGCACAGUCAAGGUGUGGCAGUAAGCCUGUAACCCAGUCAGUUCUACUUUGUACAGCAUAUCAGGACAAGAAGGUCACCAGUCUUCAUGUGGAUUUGCUGUAUGUACGACAGAAGACACCACUGGCUUCAAGCAGGCAAGGCACAAGACUGUACAAUCUCUCUUACAUCCAACCUGCCCUACUGAUGAGCCCUACACUGUGGACUGCUUCAAAGUGGAAAAAGCUCACAGUACAUAUAGUUUGGCCCAUUGUUUGCAUACUUGUAGCAUUAUUUCUUUGCUUUUCAAGUAUUUGCAAAGAGCUCCUGACAUGGCUUGUACAUGUACAUGUAGGUCCCAUGUCCCUGUUGUAUUUUGUGGACAAGAGAGGUAUCUUUAAACACAAAGCUCAACCUAGUGCCCGGUGUUUCAAUCCAGAGUCUCGUUUAGUGUUUCAGUGUAAUUUCAAAGGAUAUGUAUCAUUAAGAUUAGGCAAGGAGGCAGUGAUUUGCUGGAUGCCUUUUCUACAAGAAAGUCAUGAUGAGGAUUUUAUUCUGAAAUUAAACACUGCCCCCACUGCGGAAGUCAGAGUGAAACAAGAAUCAAGGACAGCUUUUGUCUAGGAAGUAAAAAAUUGAUAAAAUUGUGAAAAAUAUUUCAAGAAAAUGCACUUUCAAGAACAUUUCAUGACUAUGGUUCAACAUGUUAAUGGUGAUAGCAUUUAGAAAACCAAAAGUAGCACAAGUCAUUCUCAGAAGGCUUCUGGUAGAUUUGGCAUUUGGUGAAUUUCAUGCUAGAUAUUUGGAUUCAAGUUGUCACACAAUGUUAAAUGUUUUUCUACUUAUGCUCGAAAGAUGAAUAUUACAAAAAGUAGAGUAACUGCUUGUAUAUUCCCCCGUGCACUGAAGUGUAUAGUUCACUUCUUACACAUCAUGAUGAGGCUUGCGUCAAGUUCUUGUAGAAAUUUUGUAACCAUUUUUCUGUUAAAAUUUGUUACUGUUAAAGCGUAGUGCUCCUUAUGGUAGUGUAGCAGUAACAUUCCAGCUGGCAUCGGAUACUUCAGGUUUCUAAACUUGCAUGUUGUUUCUUUAAGCAGUUUAUCAACUGAACAUUGUGCAGUGUGUGGGGGGGAGGGCUGGAUCCUAGUCAUAUGCUUGUUGCCGGGGGGGUAGGGUGUAAUACAGGCAAUGGGUCUAUUGGCCACACUCUGAUAAAAAAAAGUAUAUUUUGGUAUACUUGUAACUUUAGAAAAUAAAAUGCCAGCAAUGUCUUUGCAAGUUGGGUGAUUAGGUUUUAAAUUGUUUUUUUUUCAAUCUCCAUUUAAAAUCUAAACUUCUGAUCGAACUGUUGUUUGGAUGAUGAAACUUUCAAAAAGCAAAAACAUUUUCUGGAUAUUCAUUGCAUUUUUAAGAAUGAAUUGUGUAUCUGGAAGUUUUUUUGGGAACCAAAUUAGUUUGGAUGAUGAAACAUUCAGAAAGCAAAAACAUUUUCUGGAUAUUCAUUGCAUGUUGGAAAUAAAAACUUUAUGUGUUUUCAACAAAUAAUUAA